AUGAGCAAUCCGGUCCUGCCUGCCGGCCUCCAAGGACGCGUGGUACCAAAGUUUAUACAUCGAACUUGGGCUAAGACCUUCUACUGCAAGCCCGAAUACUAUUUCCAGCCUCAAAGCAUUGACGAAAUCAAAGAGAUAGUCAAUUGUGCACGAAAGAAUGGGCGCACCGUCAUGACUGUUGGAUCAGGUCACUCCCCCUCAAAUUUGACUAUGUCCAAUGACUGGAUCGUCAACCUGGACAAAUUUAAUAAAGUAAUCGAGGAGAAACCUGGGCCUAAUAGGAUGUACACUGAUUUCACCGUGGAGGCCGGUAUUCGCAUCUAUCAGCUGAACGAAAUAUUAGCUACCAAAGGUCUGGCAAUCCAAAAUCUAGGAUCCAUCAGUGAGCAGUCUAUUGCCGGUAUUAUUUCCACAGGUACACACGGAUCUUCUCCUUUCCAUGGACUAGUCUCGCAACAAGUCGUGGAUAUCACUAUCGUCAAUGGAGUUGGCGAACUCAUUAAGUGCUCCCCAACUGAAAGGCCAGAACUAUUCCGUGCUGCUUGUCUGUCACUUGGAAAAAUUGGUUUGAUUGCCUACGUGACCAUACGUACGGUUCCGCGCUACCAGAUCAAGUCGAGACAGGAGGUGAUUACUUUUGACACAUUGUUAGACAGAUUUGAUUCUAUCUGGACAAGUGACGAGUUUGUUAGAGUUUGGUGGUUCCCAUACACUCAAAGGUGCAUUCUCUGGAGAGCAUCCAAGUCUACGGAGCCAAUUUCAAAACCACGCCCAUCCUGGUAUGGAACCAAGUUUGGAAGACUCUUUUACGAGUCUUUGCUUUGGAUCUCCGUUCAUGUCAUGCCUCGCCUGACUCCAUAUGUUGAGAGAUUUGUGUUCUCCAGACAGUAUGGUCUUACUGAAACUUACGGAAAAGGCGACAUUGCUGUUCAGGAAUCUGUCGAAGGGUUGAACAUGGACUGCUUGUUUUCGCAGUACGUUAACGAGUGGGCCGCUCCUCUAACCAACGGCCCAGAGAUUCUUCGCUCUCUAGCUACCACCAUCAAUGAGGCCGCCAAGAAUAACGAUUUUUAUGUCCAUGCCCCUAUUGAGGUGAGAUGUUCCAAUACUACAUGCUCGAAUUCCACUGCUGAUCAAGAUCUUUCUACCAGGACGACGACAUCUCCAGGUCCCAUCUAUGGAAACCAUUUGCGCCCAUUGCUUGACAAUACUCCUAGAUUGAAUUGGGCUCCACAAGAGAAUGUUACAAACAGCCAGCUGACUCUUUAUAUCAAUGCUACCAUGUACAGGCCAUUCUACACUUCUGUUCCUAUUGGUAAGUGGUAUGCCACUUUCGAAGAAACUAUGGAGGCUGCUGGUGGAAAGCCACACUGGGCUAAGAACUUUAUUGGCUCUGAUGCUAGCAAUUUCAACAAUGAUGGAGAGAUGAUUGGAUUCAAAGAUAAAAUGGAAGAGUGGUUUGGAGAAGAUCUCCAAACGUUCAGGAAAGUCAGACGUGAAGUGGAUCCCGAAGGAGUGUUUUUGAGCGGUCUGGACUGGCUCAAAAUGAAUGGCAUUGUGGAAGAGGAUGAGAUCGAAAAGAUUGAAAAGUUGAAAACUUCGAAAUCAGAUAUUGAGUAA